UCUAACCACCCGAUAUCCCAAAAGGAUUUCUCUCCUUUCACACUUCCCUGCAUCACGUUCCUAAAACUGCCUGCUUAUUCUUGCGCCGCCGCGCAACGUCGCUCCUUUUUUCCCCUUCGGAUCACCAUCCUUUCCUACCUUCGAAUAGGUUCACUUAUACAGAGGGCUAUGUUCCAAUGUCUAUAAACAUUAUCCAAGGCGCGGCCUUGGUUUGUCUUGGCUGGAGCUGUGUUGUCUUUCUCCUCCAACUUGUUGGCAUCACCAAGCUUUACCGCAACCACACCUCACCUCUUCCUCCACCCGCAUCGCCUUCAUUGCCCGAAAAUGAGGUACCCCACGUUACCGUCAUCCGCCCCGUCAAGGGCGUAGAAGUUGGCCUGUACAAAUGCCUCGCCUCGACCUUCCGGCUCGCCUACCCCAAAUCCAAGCUCUCGAUCCGCCUCUGCGUCGAUUCUGAGAGCGAUCCCGCCUACCCCGUCCUCUGCCAGCUCGUGGCCGACUUCCCCUCCUUCGACGCGCAGGUUCUCGUCGAGGAAGAAGACCCGAUCCUCCACGGUCGUGCCGGCCACGUCAACAACCUAGGCCCGAACCCCAAGAUCCGCAACAUCAGCCGCGCAUACCGCGAAGCCAAGGGCGAUAUCAUCUGGAUUGUGGACUGCAAUGUUUGGGUGGCCAAGAACGCGGCAGGGAGGAUGGUCGACAAGCUCUUUGGCUUCCAGCCUACCAACGGCGGCGGCUGCGAUAGAACAACCCCCUACAAAUUCGUCCACCAGCUUCCUCUCGUGGUAGACCUAGACAACAACACCCCCUCCGGCGCCAGCCCCGUCGGCAAGUCCUCCUCGACCGAAGGACAAUCCCUCCUCCCUUCCACCGUCACACCCAACUCUACUACCCCAGAAAACCAAAGCCAAGGCCUCCUCGCCCACGGCGGCCGCCUCGAAGAAAUGUUCAUGUCCACCACCCACGCCAAAUUCUACGGCGCCAUCAACGCCGUCGGCCUGGCCCCCUGCAUCGUCGGCAAGUCCAACAUGUUCCGCAAAUCACACCUCGACGCCUUCACCACCGUCUCCUCCAACCCUCUACUCCGCUCCUCCGACUCGACCCGUGGCACCGGCAUCGAUUUCUUUUCGAGCUACAUCUGCGAAGACCACCUAAUCGGCGACUUAAUCUGGCGCUCUUCUUCGCCCGGCUAUAAAAACCACGGCCUAGUCUUCGGCGAGGUCGCCGUCCAGCCUAUGGCGGGGAUGUCCGUCGCCGCGUACAUCGCCAGGCGCGUGCGCUGGCUGCGCGUGAGGAAGUGGACGGUUUUGGCUGCGACGCUGGUGGAACCGGGCGUGGAGAGUUUGGUGUGUUGUGCGUAUUUUGCGUUCGCGGUAACUACGCUGCCGUGGUUCAACGGAGUGUUUGGCGUGCCGCAGACGUGGAGCGCCAUGGCUUGCUUGUGGUUGGGAAGUGUGACGAUUUGGAUGUCGAUCGAUCGGUGGUUGACUAGCAAGCUGUUCCGGCUGCAGAGUUUGGAUGUGGAUGAGGACACGCCCUUUUUUGCCAGGGGCACUGCGAGACAGGGAGGGACGGCACAGAGGCCGUUUAGGGAGUGGUUGGCUGCUUGGUUGGGGAGGGAGUUGCUGGCGCUGCCUAUUUGGACCAGGGCCGUGUUGCUGGGUACGACGGUUAGGUGGAGGGGGAGGCAAUUUAAGGUUAGGAUGGAUAUGAGUGUGGUGGAGGUGGAGGAUAGGAAGAGCCGGGCUGCUGAUGUUGCCGGUGGGAGCAAGCCUAGACCGAGGGUGGCUGGGUCGCCGGAUAGCAAAGAUCGUGUGGAUUGAAUGAGUGUGGGGGGUUGAGAGACCCAUAAGGGAAAAGCGAAUAAUGAAAUGAGACUUUAUGCCAUGAUACCUACAUAGAUAGAAACAUAGACUACCCGUACUUGGACGCUUGACAUCCCUUGUCGAUGCGGUAAUAACAACCUAAUCAUACCCUCUGUAUAUAAGGAAUGAUCUCGAAAGUUGUCCAGUUUGUACGUGAUGUUGAGUUUCUCGUUAUCGUCCCGCGUAGAAUCAAAUGAAUGGAUCUUGCUUUCG